UUUGGCACUAUAAAGAGGGGCUGAGUGAUAGUGGAAAGAUUGGAAGAAGUGUGCAGAUUAAAGGCACAGAGAAGGGAAGAAAUGGAGGGGAAGAAGAAUAGGAUUGUUGUAUUUGGUGGAAGUGGUUACAUUGGGAAGUACAUAGUGAAGGCAAGCGUCUCUUUAGGGCAUCCAACAUUGGUCUACACUCGCCCUCUCAACUCUCAAACUCCUCUCUCUAAGACACAACUUUGCAAGGACUUCAACUCCAUGGGAGUCACCAUUGUUGAGGGAGAACUCGAGCAUCACCAAAUUGUUGCAGUGAUUAAACAAGCUGACAUUGUGAUAUGUGCACUGCCAUAUCCUCAAGUGCUCGAGCAACUCAAAAUUAUAGAAGCUAUCAAAGUUGCCGGCAAUAUAAAGAGAUUCCUUCCAUCAGAUUUUGGGGUGGAAGAAGAUAGAAUAAAUCCUCUUCCUCCAUUCCAAGCUUUCCUUGACAAGAAAAGACAAAUUAGAAGAGAAAUUGAAGCAGCUGGGAUUCCUUAUACUUUUGUCUCUGCAAAUUGUUUUGCUGCAUAUUUUGUGAAUUAUUUGCUUCGUCCUUACGAGAAAACGAAAGAUGUAGCCCUAUAUAGCAACGGUGAAGUCAAAGCUGUAUUAAAUUAUGAAGAAGAUGUGGCCAUAUACACUAUUAAAGUGGCAAACGAUCCAAGAACAUGCAAUCGUAUUGUUGUCUACCGACCCUCAAUGAAUAUCAUAUCACAAAAUGAGUUGAUAUGGUUGUGGGAGCAAAAAAGUGGUCACAAUUUUCACAAGAAUUGUAUACCUGAGGAAGAUAUUGUCAACCUAUCACAGAGCUUGCCCCCACCACAGAAUAUUCCAGUUUCAAUUAUUCACAGUGUAUUUGUUAGAGGGGACCUGAUGAACUAUGAGUUAGGGGAAAAUGACCUUGAAGCUUCACAGCUAUAUCCUGAUCAUAAGUACACAACCAUUGAUCAACUUCUUGAUAUAUUUCUUGUUGAUCCUCCACCCCCUGCAUCUGCUGCUUUUGAAUGAAGACAUUCUCCACUGCUUUUGCCUCUACCAUUUGAUUAUAAUAAAAUAGUUUAUCUUCGAGUGUUGAAUAAUUUGAAAGCAUAAACAUGUAUUUAU